UAUACAUGCAUAUAGCCAUAGGAUGGAGAACAGAGUGUGCAUCAAUGGCCCACUCCCAAUUUUGUUUCUAUUAUCGUCCGCUCAGCUAUAAAUCAGCUCCCUCGCACACUGCUGAAGAGCACACGUACGUACAGGCACCCAUCCACCGGAAUAUACUAGCCAGGAAAUUCCUGCAACUCGACCUCGAGUUGGGAAUUCCGGCAAUGGAGUCCCGGGCCAUUCCCAGCGCGGCGUACGCGCCACUUCUGCCAUCCGCCGCAGACGACGUCGCCCUGGCCAAGCAGGACCGCCCCGGCGUGGGGUGGCGCGGGUUCUUAACCGUGCUGGCCGCGUCUGGCGUGGCGGUGCUCCUCGUCGGUGCCACUUUGCUCGCGGGGUCCAGGAUGGGUCAGGCCGGCGACGGCGAAGGCAACACCGACGAGGACGGGGCCGGAGGGUUCCCGUGGAGCAACGAGAUGCUGCAGUGGCAGCGCGCCGGGUUCCAUUACCAGCCGGAGGGGCACUUCAUGAGCGAUCCAAACGGUCCAGUAUACUACCGUGGAUAUUACCACCUCUUCUUUCAGUACAACCGAAGGGGCGUCGCGUGGGAUGACUACAUAGAGUGGGGCCACGUGGUGUCCCAGGACCUGGUACACUGGCGCCCUCUCCCACUGGCCAUGCGGCCUGACCAUUGGUACGACAAGAAGGGCGUCUUGUCGGGUACCAUCACGGUGCUCCACAAUGGCACGCUCGUCCUGCUCUACACGGGGGUCACAGAAGACCCUAUGGCCGAGUCCCAGUGCAUCGCCGUCCCGACCGACCCCAACGACCCCCUCCUUCGCCAUUGGACCAAGCACCCCGCCAACCCCGUCCUCGCUCACCCACAGGGGGUCCAGGGCAUGGACUUCCGAGACCCCACCAGCGCGUGGUGGGACAAGUCCGAUGCCACGUGGCGCAUUCUCAUCGGUUCCAAGGACGACGACAACGGCAGCCACGCUGGCAUCGCCUUCAUCUUCAAGACUAAGGACUUCCUUAGCUUCGAGCGUGUCCCAGGUAUCGUGCAUCGUGUCGAGGGCACCGGCAUGUGGGAGUGCAUCGACUUUUACCCCGUCGGAGGUGGCCACAACUCUUCGUCAGAGGAGUUGUACGUGAUAAAGGCGAGCAUGGACGACGAACGCCACGACUACUACUCAUUGGGGAGGUACGACGCGGCAGCGAACACAUGGACGCCAUUGGACGCCGAGCUAGACUUGGGGAUUGGGCUGAGAUACGACUGGGGCAAGCUCUACGCUUCCACGUCGUUCUAUGAUCCGGUGAAGCAGCGGCGCAUUAUGUUGGGGUAUGUAGGCGAGGUCGACUCUGCGCGAGCCGAUGUUGCCAAGGGAUGGGCCUCGCUUCAGUCGAUUCCGAGGACAGUGGCACUAGACGAGAAGACCCGAACGAACCUCCUCCUAUGGCCGGUGGAGGAGGUGGAGGCCCUCCGCUACAACUCCACCGACCUCAGCGGCAUCACCAUUGACAACGGCUCCGUCUUCCACCUCCCACUCCACCAGACCACUCAACUGGACAUCGAGGCUUCGUUCCGCCUCGACGCUUCUGAUGUUGCCGCCAUCAACGAGGCCGACGUCGGCUACAACUGCAGCAGCAGCGGCGGCGCGGCGGCACGUGGCGCUCUCGGCCCCUUCGGCCUCCUCGUCCAUGCCGCCGGAGACCUCCGUGGCGAGCAGACGGCGGUCUACUUCUACGUGUCCAGGGCCCUCGACGGUACCCUCCGGACCAGCUUCUGCAACGACGAGACACGUUCGUCACGGGCCAGGGACGUGACGAAACGGGUGGUGGGCAGCACGGUGCCGGUGCUCGAUGGUGAGGUGUUGUCGAUGAGGGUGCUCGUCGACCACUCCAUUGUGCAGAGCUUCGCGAUGGGUGGGAGGGUCACGGCAACCUCGCGGGUGUACCCGACAGAGGCCAUCUAUGCCAGGGCUGGGGUGUACAUGUUCAACAACGCUACAGGAGCCAGCGUGACAGCGGAGAGGCUCAUCGUGCACGAGAUGGCCUCGGCGGUGUACGAAGAGACCCUCAUGGUCCAGGACUUGUAG